AUGACGAAAGUCUUCGAGGCGGCUGAUGCGACUAAUUUGAUGACGGAGCUUCGUCGGAGCUUUGAUUCCGGUGUGACUCGCGGUACCGAGUGGAGAGUAUCUCAGCUUAAGAAACUCCUCAUCAUUUGCGAUAAUCACGAGCCUGAGAUCGUCGCUGCUCUCCACCACGAUCUCGCUAAGCCUGAGCUUGAGUCCUCUGUCUACGAGGUAGCUCUACUGAGAAACUCGAUCAACUUAGCCCUUAAGCAGCUAAAAGUAUGGAUGGCGCCAGAUAAGGCAAAGACUUCUCUAACAACGUUUCCUGCAUCAGCUGAAAUUGUCUCCGAGCCUCUUGGAAUUGUGUUAGUAAUCUCGGCUUGGAAUUAUCCCUUUCUGUUGUCUAUUGAUCCUGUUAUUGGUGCAAUUUCUGCUGGGAAUGCUGUUGUCUUAAAGCCAUCAGAAUUGGCUCCAGCUUCGUCCUCUCUGCUCGCAAAGUUAAUGGAACAGUAUCUAGACCCUUCUGCUGUGAGAGUUGUUGAAGGGGCUGUUACUGAAACAACUCUGCUGCUGGAGCAGAAGUGGGACAAAAUCUUUUACACAGGUAGUUCAAAAAUUGGGCGUAUCAUAAUGACUGCAGCUGCAAAGCAUCUCACACCAGUUGUCCUGGAGCUUGGAGGAAAAUCUCCAGUUGUUGUUGAUUCAAACACCAAUCUGAAAGUUACUGCCAAGCGGAUAAUUGCAGGCAAAUGGGGUUGCAACAAUGGACAGGCCUGCAUUUCUCCAGACUACAUCCUGACGACAAAAGAUUAUGCUCCAAAAUUGAUUGAUGCCAUGAAGCAUGAACUGGAAACAUUUUACGGGAAGAACGCUAUGGAGUCAAAAGAUAUGUCACGUAUUGUGAACUCAAAUCACUUUGAUCGCCUGUCUAAGAUGCUAGAGGAGAAAGAAGUUUCUGACAAAAUUGUCUGCGGGGGUCAAAAGGAUAGAGAGAACCUGAAAAUUGCUCCAACGAUCUUGCUCGACGUACCAUUAGACUCUCUGAUGAUGAGUGAAGAAAUAUUUGGCCCUCUCCUCCCAAUCCUCACGGUCAAGGAUUUGGAAGACAGUUUUGACGUGAUUCGUUCUCGGCCAAAGCCUCUUGCUGCAUAUUUGUUUACCCAAAACGAGAAGCUGAAAGAGAGAUUCGCCAUGACAAUUUCUGCUGGAGGCAUAGUUGUCAACGACAUAGCUGUUCAUCUUGCACUUCCCACGUUGCCAUUCGGAGGAGUUGGUGAGAGCGGAAUGGGUUCCUACCAUGGUAAAUUCUCAUUUGAUGCGUUCAGUCACAAGAAGGCCGUUCUCUACAAAAGCUUUAUGGGUGAUUCAGCAAUAAGGUAUGCACCCUACUCUAGAGGAAAGCUUAGAUUGUUAAAGGCCCUAGUCAACACCAACAUAUUGGAAGUAUUCAAAGUCCUCCUUGGAUUAUCUUGA